CAGGAAAGGAGCUGCUUUGGGUUCCAGUUCCAGUCCAGCUCCAGCUCCAGCUCCAGCUCCAGAUCCCAUCGAACCAACCAGGCCAGCCUCCAUUUGUCUCUGCUGUUAUCUUCAACCAUCGCUCGUUCUGCAACUGCAUCAGAAUUAGACUCCAUCCCCCCGCUCAUCAACAGCCAUCAAUCUCUCGACCGACUCUUCCACCUCACAACCCCGCUUUACCUCUCUCUCCCCACCACACACACACCCAACACUGCAAUCAAGAUGGGCAGCCAAAAGCGGAUAGCCAAGGAACUCGCCGAACUCACCGAAUCCGCCCCCGAAGGCAUAACCGUCAAGCUAGCCGACGAAUCCAACCUCUACAUCUGGAACGUCUACAUGGAGGGACCCGAGAAUUCGCCUUACCAGAACGGAACCUUCCACCUCACCCUCACCCUCCCAACCGAAUACCCCUUCAAGCCGCCGACGGUCUCCUUCCGGACGAAAAUCUACCACCCCAACGUCACCAACGACGACAAGGGGAGCAUGUGCCUGGGGAUGCUGCGGGCGGACGAGUGGAAGCCCAGCUCGCGCCUGGCGGCCGUGCUGCAGUUCGCGCGCCAGCUGCUGGCCGAGCCCAUGCCGGACGACGCCGUCGAGGGCCGCAUCGCCGAGCAGUUCAAGGGGGAUUUCGCCCGGUACGAGGAGGUCGCGCGCGAGUGGACGCGGAAGUAUGCUGUGCGGGGGUAGGGCGGGUUGGUGUACAUACUUUGUCGAUAUGUUGGGAUGGGGAUAUGUGUGGAUCGGUGGUAGAUUACUUUUAAUAUAAAUAUUUGUUUUCUUUUUUGCUUUUUUGCUCGCUGUCGGGGGUCGGGGGUUUGAUGGGGCUUCGUUCUUAUACCGCGCAGGUUGUUGCGGUUUGUUUGCGUUCAUGUGUUUGUAUUGUCGGUUGCAUUGUUGUUGUUCAAUAGAUGCUUGCCUGGGGUUGAUUUGGUCGGUAACGUGUGGUAUGCCUGCCUGGUGUCUGAGGUUGCUUGGCUUGUGACGAGCAAGAUUCUGGUGGAUUGUAUUUUGAGCUCUACUAGAUGCUUUCUAUCCGGAUGUGGCAAGAUUAGUUCAAGGCUCUGGACGUAUUGCGCGAUCCUCUACAGGUUACUGACCAGUUGAUUCCGUCAG